AUGGACUUCGUUAGUGGGUUACCCCCCACAUCUACUAAGAAGGAUUCUAUUUGGGUCAUCGUGGAUCGAUUGACAAAGUCUGCCCACUUCAUACUGAUUCGUACUGACUACUCUCUGCAGAAGCUGGCUAAACUUUGGCAGGAUUAUUUACCGCUAGCAGAGUUUUCUUAUAACAACAGCUAUCAGUCUAGCAUCCAAAUGGCACCUUACGAGGUUUUAUAUGGUUGUAGGUGUCGCACUCUUUCAUAUUGGACUGAGUUGGGUGAGCGGUGUGUUCUGGGCCCUGAACUAGUUUCUGAUACCAAGGAUAAAGUUAGACUGAUUCGGGACCUAUUCAAAGCGGCAUCUGAUAGGCAGAAGUCUGGCGCCGAUAUGAAGCGUCGAGAGAUUGAGUAUUCUAUGGAGGAUUCAUUUUUCUCAAGGUCUCGCCAUGGAAGAAGGCGCUACCGCUCUGAUCCCACGCAUAUUGUUCCUGUUAAGGAGAUCGAGGUUAGGCCAGAUCUAACCUUUGAGGAGGAGCCAGUUCAAAUUUUGGAGCAUGAUGUAAAGGUUCUAAGAAGGAAAUCCAUCUCGCUGGUCAAGAUUCUUUGGCGUAAUCAUAGCUCUGAGGAGGCCACGUGGGAAUUUGAGGAUGCGAUGCGACAGUAG